ACACGCUACGACUGUUGAUCACUUGUCUUCCUAAAUUGAACUUAGAGGCGAGGAAAGAUGCAACUCAAGUUGUUGCAAAUUUGCAAAGGCAACAAGUGAAUUCACGGUUGAUUGCUUCUGAUUACUUGGAGGCGAACAUGGAUCUCAUGGAUGUUUUAAUAGCAGGUUAUGAGAACACAGACAUGGCUUUGCAUUAUGGUACAAUGUUGAGAGAAUGCAUACGGAAUCAGACUGUUGCAAGAUGUGUUUUGGAGUCACAGCACAUGAAGAAAUUUUUUGACUAUAUACAACUUCCAAAUUUCGAUAUUUCUGCUGAUGCUGCUGCAACUUUUAAGGAGCUCUUGACAAGGCAUAAGUCCACUGUGGCUGAGUUUCUUUCUAGGAACUAUGACUGGUUCUUUGCUGAAUAUAACUCGAAGUUGCUGGAAUCUAGCAACUAUAUUACUAGAAGACAAGCAAUCAAGUUGUUGGGAGAUAUUUUGUUGGACCGGUCAAAUUCUGAUGUCAUGACCAGAUACGUGAGCUCAAGGGAUAAUUUAAGGAUUCUCAUGAAUCUUCUAAGGGAAUCGAGCAAGAGCAUCCAAAUAGAAGCUUUUCAUGUUUUCAAGUUGUUUGCUGCGAACCAGAACAAGCCUCCAGACAUUGUUAGCAUACUGGUUGCAAAUAAAAGCAAGCUUCUACGUUUGUUUGCAGACUUCAAGACCGAUAAAGAGGAUGAACAGUUUGAGGCAGACAAGGCUCAAGUUGUGAAAGAAAUCGCUUCCCUUGAGCUUAGAGACCGGCCAGAGUGAGCUCUUGUAUACUCAGAAUCG